UGUUUGAAAGGCUAAAUUACAAUAUAUUUCUGUUUCCCCCUACGACCACCAGAGAGAGCCAUCUCCUUAAUGUUUACUUAUUUGGUUAUAAAUGAAUGACACAGAACUACAUCUCCCAUCAGCCACCUCACAUUGUUGCCCGACCCCACCAUAUUUAAUCAGGCACCGGGCUUUCGACUGCCUCUUUUAGGCUGGGUAUUACGUUCCAAUUAAGCGUUUUAUUAUUAUUAUUUAUUUAAUUCAUUUUAUUAUAUGACAGGUUGGACUAGAUGUUAAAUUAAAAAAAAAUAAAAUAAAACAUUUAAAGAACCAGAUACAUUCUAUCCAUCGAUAUAUUUUUAUAAAGUUUUUAAAGUAGUCAAAUUAUAUAAUAAGAAAGUAAAACUAGCGUGUUUUUGCGUUUGUGAAUUUAUUUUUAAUGUGUUUUUAGUUUGUGUUGAUAAAGUUUUAAGGUUCAAGCUCCUCCUACUUGAGCGUCAUCUGCGUCGUCGCACCUCAAAACUCAGUUUCACUUCCUCGUAACGGUGAGUUGAUUUUUGUCUACAAAUGUAAGGAUUUUAAUCCAACUUCAUAACGAGUGACAGAACCGGGACCUCGGUUCUCAUCGGUCGGAACCAUGUUUAAGAAAACAGAACCCCACGACGCAUGCGCAGCUUCUGUUCAAACCAUUGGGACAAAGUUCCAGACUGACUCGUUGAUGCAGAUUCUGUCAAGAGAAGACUUACAAAGGCUGUUUCCUGGAGCAGAACAUCUAAAGCUGAGAAAGACCAUCUAUGAAAUCCUUCAUGAUCAGAAGCAAACUCAGGAGUUCCUGAAAUAUCUUAAAAGUUGUAUCCAUCAAAACUCUCUCAACGAUGCUGCUGUGACAGUAUACCUUCAAAGGAUAAACAACAUAAAGGAUCAGCUGGAUCAGAUGCAGACUGUCCUUGAAGCUCAUAAAAUGCAAAAGGACAUCAACAAAAGCCAGGUUUCUCAAAAAGGUUCCUCAUCAGACACCAAAGCGCUCAUGAAAACCAAUGGGAUGCAAAGAGGUGCAAGUCUUUUAUAUAAAAAUAAAAAAGAACAACGCAGAUUUAGCUUUUUACCGUUCUUCAGCAGUUUAUUUUCUUCAGUCGAUGAUCCCCCACCGAAAAUCUCAGAAACAGUGAAGUACAAGAUGGUGGUCGGUGAUAAAACCUUUGGAGCUCAUCUUCAGCUUUUGGACCAAAUUCAGACUUCAGGAUUAAAUCUGAUUAAGGGAAAGGAUGAAGAAAGCUGCAUCACCAUCGUUUUCUGUCCUCUUACAUCUCGGAUUGGAACAGACGCUGAAGCAGCCAUGAGGACGGUUCCAGCUGAUGAUCGCGUCAUUCUGGUCCUCAUGCAUUACUCCCAGGAGCCCAAAAAUGUUUCCUCCUUAAAAGUUUUACCUCAUCACCCUAACAUUGUCUCUGAGGUCCAGGUUUUCUACCAUGACAGAAAGAACGGUUUAUUGAGGUGUGAACAAAAUGAAAAAGCUGUCAUUGAGUUAAAGGAAGAACUAAUAAAGUAUAGCAGACCACAAUGUUCUGGACCCAACUAUGAAAACCAAAGCAACAGUUUUACUUUCCUUUAAUCAAGUCUGAUGUGUUGUUAGCUUAUAGUGCAGUUAAUUUUGGUAACAAUGUUAAGUUGAUUUAUUUUUAAUCCACAAACAGUUUUCAUAUCACAAUCUUGUUAAAAACUGAAUAUAAAACAGAAUUGUUUUGUUCUAUAUUUAUAAUUUGUUUAUAUAUAUAUAAUAUAUUUUCUUUAAGUGUUGUAGUUUAACUUUUUCAACAUUGUAUCUUACUGCUUGCUGCAGAAAAUGUGUUAACUUAGUUUAAGAGGAUCGUUAAAGAGGGAAAGAAUAAAGGCCCUACGAACGUUUAAGUAGUGGUUUAAAUGGUAAA